CGCACUUGUUACGUUAGUUGCUGUCAGUUGAUAUGAAUCGUUAACAAGUGUGUUUACGUCGGAAUCUUCCAGUUCUUUUAUAGUUUUUUUUAUGUUUAGUUCAUAUCAAGAAGUGAAUUCCCUAUAAACAAUGGAUUUAGAUGAGAUCCUGAGCAACACUGGAUUGGGCUCAUAUCAAGUGACCGUAUGUGCUUUAAUGAGUCUAGUGCUCAUGUACUCAAACAUAUCACCACUUAGUUAUGCCAUUACAGCCGGUGACCUUAAAUACAGGUGCGAAAUCCCGCAAUGCGACACCGACAAUCCAUCGUAUAAUCCGGAAUGGUUAAACCAGACGAUACCAUAUAACAAAAUUACCAAUGAGCCUUACAAAUGUCUCAUGUACCGUUAUGUAUCGCCGACUACAAACGGCACCAUCAUUUCUGCCAAUAACAUGUGUAAGCAAGGAUCAUUCAACGUCAAUUCUAAAAAAAAAUGCAACAAAUGGGUGUUUGGUGAAAUGGAAAGGACGAUAGUGAAUGAUUUUGGUAUAAUGUGCGAGGAAAACAAAUGGAAACUCACCAUGGUGGGAACCAUCAAUAGCAUUGGUCAGAUCAUUGGCAUUCCUUUAUCAGGAUAUAUUUCAGACAUGUUUGGACGCAAGCAUAUGGCAAUAAUAGGAUCAGUUACAUCGGCCAUACUCGGCACGCUUAAAUCCUUCACUACCAAUUAUUAUUCAUUCCUAAUUUUUGAAUUUUUUGAAUCCAUGGCUUCUAGUGGAGUGUAUGCAGCCACCUUCGUAUUAGGUAUAGAAAUAGUCGGUCCAAAAUCUAGAGUUGCUGUCAGUACUCUGAUGGGCUGUUUCUAUCCCAUCGGUGCAGUCUUAAUGGGUUUUGCAGCUUACAUGAUUCUUGAUUGGCGGAUAAUGCUUAGAGUAGUCAACUUACCCGGACUAUUCACAUUAGGAUAUAUUUGGUAUGUGCCAGAGUCCUUAAGAUGGCUUCAAACCAAAAACCGAAUUGAAGAAAUGGCGACAGUUCUAUCCAGAAUUGCUGAAUCCAAUGGUAAAACUCUACCGCCUUACGUCAAUGAAGCAUUGAUCGCCGAUUCAAAAAACACGUUCAAAAAAAAACAAAUGUCUGGUUGUAAAUUAAUGAGAACAAUUUUUGGUUCAAAAGAAAUUUUGCUACUUGUAAUCAACUGUUCAUUUUCCUGGACUACAAUUACAUUUGUUUAUUACGGCCUCUCGUUAACUUCAGUGGAAAUGUUCGGUAACAAAUACUUGAACUUUAUGCUUGUAAACAUUGUAGAGGUACCAGCAUUUUUAACAUCGUGGUACGUCAUGGAACACUUUUCCAGACGAUAUACCCAAGCGUUUUCAUUCUUCCUCAGUGGCAUAGGAUGUAUUAUGGUCAACUUAAUAUCUACAGAUUAUUUAUUGAUGAAACUAUUGAUGUUCUUGAGCAGCAAGUAUGCAAUCACCAUUGCAUUUAACAACAUGUACAUGUUCACCGCAGAAAUGUUCCCCACCGAAAUCCGUAUGUCAAUGAUCAGCACAGUUUCCAUGAUUGGUCGAUUGGGUCUCUUAAUAUCUCCGCAAAUGACGUUGUUGGGCGCCUACUUUGGACAAUACGUGCCGAUCUUAUUGUUCGGAAUCUUAUCAACCAUAGCUGGGGCAACGGUUUUUUUUGUUCCCAGAAACAAAAGAUAAAAAAUUGCCCGACACAGUAAGAGACAUUGAAUUGGUCGAAGAAGUCUACAUUAAUUCAUAAUUCAUAUUAUUAUAUUAUAAAAUAUUUUAAAUUGUUCAUAAUUCAACAAUAAUACACAACGAGAAACCAGUCGUGCCAGAUUACAUUUUUAAAUUAGUUUAAUUUUUAAUAAUGAUACAAUAUUUUUCAUAACCUAUUAAUUAUUUUUUUAAACAUCUAAUGAUAAGCAGUAGUAUUUUAUAAACUUGAUGUGACGAAAACAAUUUUCUUGGAUGUCUCCAUAACUCUUGUGUACAAACUUCACCAACUAUGGAUUUUAUACCCAAUAAAAAUAAUAAAAUAUACACAUUUUACAAUAAAUUAUAGAUUAUUUUGAAUGUAUACGAAUUAUAUAUACAUAAAAAAUGUAUUUAUUAACAAUU